AUGCUACCUCUACUACUGCUACUCCUGCCUUCUUUCGUCGGGAUUCUGUGCUGGGUGGCACCCGCAUGUGCACAACAACAGCUGCCCUACAAUCCGACUCGAGUUGUGCUGGCACAAGACGGCUCCGUCGCCUAUAUCUUGUCUCCGCAGCCCUCCUCCUCGCAGUUCUCUCUCUCCUUUCUGAAUACUUCGGACAGUCUCAAUUCGGCCUCUUCGGAGACACAACUCUUCAAUGCCUUGCCAUUUCUGUCUAGUACAGCCCCAAAGGCAUUUAUAACCUUUCCGGACGAUGCGGGCAUAACGGUGCUGGUGGGCGAUUGUAAGGAUUCUGCAGGAGAUCUGGGACUGUACAGGUAUACCUUCGCCGGCGACUUCAAGAACGGGACAUGGACUUCUUUGACACUCACCACGACCGACGGGACACUGAGUCCUCGGUAUCUUUCGGCUGGCUUCAUAUUCUCUCCGACGGCGUCCAGCCAUGAUGCCUCGUUGUACGUCUUUGGUGGAAUGUGUCCUAAUGACGCGUCCUCAAAUGCUAUGGACUGGGUAUCGGAAGCCACCUACUCAAAUACGAUGCUUACUAUCGCCCCGGAUCCAGCAGCUGGCCAAAUCGCUCCUUAUCAACUGUCGUUGACUGGAUCCAGAGCUCCGCCGAUUGCGGAAGCGGGCCUGACCAUAACGCCUUUGACACCAACCUUUUCCAAUGGUUCAGGCGCUGGACUUUCUCAGCAGCAGAAUUUUGUCCUUCUGGGUGGCCACACUCAGAAUGCCUUCAUCAACAUGUCUCAGCUCGGAAUAUUCUCACUACCUCAAGAAUCCUGGGCGUUCGUCGAAGCGGCACAAGCAGCAAACGCAGUUGAGCCACGGUCUGGCCAUACCGCGAUCCUGACCGAGGACGGCUCAAAGAUCGUGGUGCUUGGAGGUUGGGUAGGAGAUAUCAAUACGCCGGCGCAACCUCAAUUGGUGGUCCUAGAACUUGGUCAAGGUUAUGGAGGUCAAGGGGAUUGGACAUGGAGUGUUCCUAAGUCGUCCUCUACUCCGUUCCCGCCUAGCAAGGGCAUAUUUGGCCACGCAGUAGCCAUGUUACCGGGUGGUGUCAUGAUGGUCUCCGGAGGCUAUCCGAUCAGCUCAUCUGCGUCAAAGAGCAGACGCGAUGUCCUGGACAAUAUUCUGUUUUUGAAUACAACAACCUUUGAAUGGACGACGACUUACAGCAAUCCAUUCCCUGCAGUUUCCUCACCCAGCUCGACAAGUGCCCAGUCGUCGGCUUCAGGGCUGAAAACUUCGGAAAAGGCAGGCUUGGGUGCAGGUCUAGGUCUAGGGCUAGCAGCAGUUGUGGUGGUGGCGAUGGUAUGGCUCAUAUAUUCCAGAAGACUCAGAGCAAGACGAGCCCUUCGUGAGAAAGAACUGCGGGAACUGGCUUUGGGAGCUGAACGUUAUCACACGCCUCUCCCACCAGGCGAGGACGAUCAGAGAUAUCCAGCCAUGCGGAGUGCCAGCUGGGCUGCAGCUCUGGAACGAAAAAUUGAGAGCUCUGAAAAUCCGUUCCCUUGGGCACCUUUGUCCGCACCAGAUCAGCAGGGUCAACUGAACCAGGCAUCAGAAAAUAGCGAGAGCAAUAGCUCUCGGUAUGCUGAACGCACCGGUGUCCAGAUGGAGAUACCAAGCCCUACCAGGGGGUUGAGAAAGAGUUUGAAUGCUAGAGGCGCGAUGACAUAUCAACCCUUCAAUCAGCACCCGCCUACAGGACCAGGAGCGGUCUUCCGUAUCGACGAAGAGGAUGAGGGGAGUCAAAAUGGCUCCUUCAAGCGGACGAAGACUCCCAAGGUUACAGACGACAAAGGAUCUGUCGCAAGCGAUCCAUUCAAAGACCCACCGGCCACCACGGACGGUGCUCGACAGGACGAUGCCGCAGCACAGCGCAAGAGGGAAGUGGAAGGAUGGGUUGAUGAUUGGCAAUCAGCAGCCGAAAACAUGAGCUUGUCGAGGAGUACAAGUCAGGCGCAUAGCAGGACAUAUUCAAACCUUUCUCAGUUCCGCAAUCAGCCAGCCAUCGGAGAAGCAACGGGGCGUGGUUCACCUGAGAAGUCUGACAGGACUGGCAGCAACCUCUCCGAAAAGAGUAUUGUGAGCACCUCUUCAUAUCAAAGAUCCGUGGCUGGGACUUUGUCGCGAAACGUUUCUCAGAGAAGUACCAGUGCAGGUUAUGCUCUCUUUUCAGGGGCAGCAACAGCCAUGAGCCGACUUGGCUAUGGGCGGCAGGGUAAUUCUGAGCGGGGCGUUGGCGCCGGUCUUUCACGUGCUCCGUCAAAUCGCAGUGUAUCGCUCAAUAUUGAUCCGGCUCGGCCUAACAGUUCGAGGGAUGGCGCCGAAACGUUCUCGUCCGCCCGGAAUAGAUGGGGCGGAGCGGCAGGAGAAGACCAAGCUCUCCUCAACCGGAAUCACCAAAGACAACAGGAUGAAGAGCGUGACUAUCGGACACUUCCCGACAGUCCAAGCAAGGAGAAAUACUCGCGAGCAAGCAGCCUUACAGGAUCCAGCCGACGAGCGCUCAACCUUUUAGGAAGCGUGAGGCGGGUAUUCACCGGAACUGGAAAUGUUGAUGUGCACGACCGAGUUGCCGCCUUCGAAAGCCAGAGCAGUCAAUCAAGUCCAACGAAACAUUCGGGCCAACCCGAAAUGGCAGAAACGACACCAAAGAGAACUCUCAGCGGGGGAGCAUCGUCCUUCUGGCGCAGCAAACAGGGCGCGAAAGAUUGGGACGACGUACCAGGACCGAGUAAUACCGCCUCGUCUUCAACAGUACGCAGAAAACCUGUGCCUGGACUGAUGUUGAAUGAUAACCAGGGCGCUCUAGAGGACGACGAGGACUGGGACGUGGAGACGGCUGUACAGAAACGUGUCGUCCAGGUCAUGUUCACGGUUCCCAAGGAGAAACUGCGGGUGGUCAAUGCCGACGCUUUGAGUCUACUGAGCAGUAACCGGAGCGACAUUGACCAGGACGAAGAGAAAGAGAGGGACCCAGUGAAAAGGAUGAGUAGCGUGAGGGAAGGCGACGAAGACAAUAGUCAUGACCAACACCUUGAUGAUGAUGCAAUGAAGGGGAAAGGGAAAAAAAGGGCACCUUAA